AACUGGGAUAAGGGGAAGUGGGUAUCUGAACUUGACGGUUAUUUUAUUUAAUGCCCAAUAAUCGAUGCAGGGCCACAAGCCUCCAUACUUCUUGGCCACGAAAAAGAAGCUGGAAGCAGUAAGGGGAGUGGAAGGGCGAAUAUAACCUUGAUUGAGAGCCUCUUCAAUAUACUCCUCCAUGGCCUUUUGUUCUGGGAUGGAGAGUGGGUAUACUUUUCCAUGGGGCACUGGCUCCCCCGGAGCCAAAGUGGAGCCGACUGGUCGACGUGAUGGGCUCGGCAGCUGGAGGCGAAGCCAGGGGAUCCUCUUUACAAGGUGGAGCUGGAGACCAGAAGACAGAUCAGAUCCACACAGCAGAGAGAAGUCAGAGGAGGAGCCAAGGGCCUGAAGGGAAACAGCAGAGGCAGGGCCGAGGAACUGGCUGUUUUAAGGCCAGAACACACCAAGCCGACGCCGACGAACUAGUGGCGACAAAAGCAGACUGUGGGGUUGGCUCACGUCAGCAGCGUCUGUGCCCAAAGUUGGCCUGACACACCAAACCAACGAUAAACAGCCGACGGCCAAGUAGCACGUCAGUUCUGGGGCUCCAUUCCAUCCCCACAAACUCCAUGUGCACGCCCACUGUGACAGAUUGUGUUGUUGGUGGGUCAUGUACCGGGUCAGACUUUUCCUUAGGCUCAGGCUCCGGAGCAAUGGUAGGCUCAAUUCUUCUUGUCUGGCAUAAUCAUUGUGGCAGGCUCUGGCUCUUUGUCUGCAGUGGGCUCUGGCAUUCGCUCUGUGCAAGGUGUGGGAGGCAGCUGGCUGGGAUCUGGGUCUGGAAUGGGGCUGGUGAUGAAUGGGGUCCCAUAGUCCACCAGCACCCACUCCACAUAUGCAGCGAAAUCUCCUCGAGGACCAUUCACUGGCAGGCAUGCCUUAGUGGGUUAGGUACGCCAGAUCUAAAAAGUAUCUAGUGUGGUCCUCCAGUAAACGGUCCUUCUGUUCGAGGCAAAGUAGCUAAGUCCAUCUUUAUUCAGUUUAGGUCUGGUAUUCUGUCAACCUGUGGCUGUAGUAAUCCCACAACACAGGAGAAUCCAAACAAACACUUCUUUAUUAAUCCACAAAGUAACAUACAGGAGAUCGCAGGAGCAAACUAACGAACAACCACAUAAAGCAAAGACGAGACCGAACAGAGAACUGAAUGAACUGAAGGCUUAAAUACACAGACUGAGUAAUCACGGAAAACAGAAAAUGUGCGUAAAUUAAAAACUAUGGAAACUAAUAAGCACAGGAAACGCAGGCAAACCAGAACAGGGAAAACAGAACCAAAACACAAUGAAACAAAACAGACAUAGCUACAUGCUACAUGUUCCAGUAACACAAUUUCCAACGGUUUUACAGGAAGAAUUUUGAGUGUUUAAGCUUUUGAAUGAUGCCUAAUUUAUGAUGAUUACAAAAAUAUGUUGUGGGGAAAAAAGGCAAUAAAAAAGUGGGACUCUGACAGGUUAACAGAUUGUAUUCAUUGUUUUAUUGUUUUUAAGUAUCCAAAUAGAGGGAAAUCACAUGGGAAUAGGUUUCUGUUGUUGAAAGGUGAAAGAUGGAGUGACAGUAGUGAUGCAAUGCAGGAAGGGUGAGAGAUAUAAAUAUGUGCUUUCUGCACAUUCACUCUUGCACGGACAGGUAAGAUCUGUGUCAUGAAUGUCUAAAGACCAUGUCUGGAAAUGGACCUGAGACUAGGAUUGACCAUGGACCAGUUCUCUGCUUUGAGUCAUUCAACAACUCAUGUGUGAGAUUUGUCUACCCGUCCGAGAUUCAGAUUUUGUUCUAUUUGUUCUUCAGUGCCAUAUCACUCACCACAGUAUGUGGAAACCUGCUGGUCAUCAUUGCCAUCAUUCAUUUCAAGCAGCUGCACACGCCAACAAACUACCUCAUCCUGUCGCUGGCCGUGGCUGACCUGCUAAUCGGAGGCUUUGUGAUGCCUCCCAGUAUGCUGCGCUCUGUUGAGACUUGCUGGUACUUGGGUGACAUGUUCUGUAAAAUACACAGCAGUGUUGAUAUUAUGUUAUGCAUCACAUCUCUCUUGCACAUAUCUUUCAUCUCUAUUGAUCGCUAUUAUGCUGUAUGUCACCCGCUUCAGUACCGGAAUAAAAUUACACCGCCCAUUUCCCUCAUUAUGAUUUCCCUAAGCUGGGGUCUGGCAGCCUUUGUUGGAUUUGCUAUGGUGUUUCUACAAUUCAACAUUUUGGGUGCAGAGGAGUUUUAUUUUGAUAAUAUAGCUUGUAAGGGAGCCUGUAUUAUCUUUCAAACCCGUGCAGCCAGCACCAUUUCCUCAUUUUUAGCUUUUGGCCUACCUGCAAUAAUUGCUGUCAGCAUAUAUCUAAAAAUUCUCCUUGUUGCACGAAGACAAUCAAAAUCUAUACAGCAUUCAACACACGUGGGCAAGAAAACCAGCAUAUCUAUAAACAAAACUGAGGGGAAGGCCACAAAAACCCUGGCUAUCAUCAUGGGGGUAUUUUUUGUGAGCAUCUCACCCUUUUUCUUCUGUAAUCUAAUAGAUCCUUUUCUUGAUCACACAAUACCACCAGCCGUAUUUGAUGUUUUGGUGUGGAUUGGAUAUUUGAAUUCUCUGUGUAACCCCUUUGUGUAUGCAUUCUUUUAUAGAUGGUUUAGAAAAGCUCUAAGAAUUAUUCUUUUGGCCAAAAUAUUUCAAGUUAAUUCUUCACAACUUGACUUGAUGGGAAGACGUGAUUAGAAAUGACUAUUUUUUUAAAUGUAUAAAUGUAAAUAAACAUAGAAAUAUCAUGGAUAUGUUUUAUGUGUUCACACUAUGUAACAAGAAAUAAUUUCACCUCUGUACAGUAACCAUGAUUCCAAAUAACCAGAUCACUCUUGCAUUAUUUAUAACCUGAGCAGCCAAAUGUCUGGGAGUUUUUUUAAAAUAAAAAAAAUGUAAUGUGAGAUCAGCAUUUAGGUAUUGCAUUUUAUAUUAUCAUUUUUUUUCCUCACUGAGCCACUACAGCAAAACUGUGCAGGUUAAAUGUAGACUAUUUAAUGCUUUAUAACAUUACAUGACAAAUAUGAACUAAUGUCAAUAUGUAUCAUGUAUCAUUAUGCCAUCCAUUACAUGCAUACAUAAUGUUCAGUUUUGUAAGUAUAUGCAUAUGUAUAUGUUUGUAAGUGAAUAUUUCAAUGUCAAAUAAAUCACAUGUAUAUUCAAAAUAUUAAAAAAAAAAAAAAAAAAAAAUUAAGUUUAAUUUUUAAGUUUAAGUUUUCCAGUAUCAAAGACAAUGUUAAUUUCCAAGAAACACUGGAGAAAGUGGAGCCUCUUCUUGACUUGAAGGCACAAAAAAUACAAUUAAAUAAUAUAUAAUUCAUUGCUUUCAGAAAGCAUUCAGUAAACAUAUUGAAAUACUUCAUUUAAUAGCGCAAUGAAUUCAACUUGCAUAUUAAUAUUAACACACGCACACACACACACACACACACACGCACACACACACACACACAUA